AUUAGCCAAUAAAAAAACACAGUGCUCACCUUUCACAAAUCAAUUAGAUUCGAAUCAGAACUCUAGCAAGACCGAAAACACUGACAGAAAUGGAUGACAGACGAAGACUAGAAACGGAGAGGCACCAAAUCGAGCAGAUUCGAGAACUCGAAUUCGAAGAAUUGCAGAUCGAAGAGAUCGACGAACUUAAUGACUCAUCCGACGACGAACGUGAUGCCAUUGGCAUCGAUGGAACGGCUGAAUUUACUUUUAACACUUGUUUGGCUUCCUUACACAGUUAUCUUGGUGAGGUUGAAGACACUCACCAUAGGAUGGCUUUCUUGGAGGGGGGUGCCGUCUUAACCCUCCCAUUGUUCUAUCUUGAAGGAGUUGUUCUGUUCCCUGAGGCUACCCUCCCUCUUAGAGUUAUUCAACCCAAUUUUAUAGCUGCUGUUGAGAGAGCCUUGACCCAAGUUGAUGCUCCUUAUACUAUAGGGGUGGUUCGUGUUUACAGGGAUCCUCAUAACGGACAGAGAAGAUUUGCAACCAUUGGGACAACCGCUGAGAUUCGACAAUACAGACGGUUGGAAGAUGGUUCACUUAAUGUGGUUACUCGUGGGCAACAACGUUUUUGUCUAAGACGCCGAUGGUUUGAGUUGGAAGGAAUGCCAUGUGGAGAGAUUCAAAUUAUCGAGGAAGAUUUGCCAUUAAGGACCCCACGGGAUGCAUUCAGGAAAUUGGGACCCGUGAGUAAUCUGCGAAGUCAUGGUCUCUCACAAACACUGGCUUCAAAUACUUCAUCACGUGGAUAUGGCAAUGGGGACAAUGAUUCAGAGGCGAGUUCAGAGGAAAGCUUUCAGAGUGAGCUUUCUCCAACAGAAAGGAGAAUCCAUGAAUCUGCUAUUGAUUCCGGCGAUAGAUAUGAUGUAAUGGAUGAAUCAACAAGCAGUGACGAUGAUAAUUCUGGGUUUAAGUCAGACAUUCUAUCUGGAAGAUCUCAUCUAAAUGAUUCAGACUCUAUAGGAAGUUGGAAAAAAAGUGAAAAUGUUGACUUUAGAAUUGGAAAGAGUUCUGUAUUAGGAAGGCAAUCUCACCGAGGCGAAGGGUCAAAAAUGCUUUGCAGAAGGAUUGAGUUAGGCCAGUUUCGUAGAACAUCAAGAGCAUUCUGGCCCUAUUGGGUAUACAAUAUGUAUGACUCCUAUUGCCUUGCUCGAAGGGCAGCAGAUAAGUGGAAACAGGUAGUUGGAACACCAAGCAUGGAUAGUUUUGUGAGGAAGCCUGAUCUCUUGUCAUUUUACAUUGCUAGCAAAAUUCCUGUCUCUGAAUCUACAAGACAAGAGCUUUUGGAGAUUGAUGGUGUUUCAUAUAGAUUGCGUCGGGAAAUCGAAUUACUUGAGAGUUUUGAUAUUGUUCAAUGUAAAACUUGUAAGACUGCAAUUGCAAGGCGGAGUGACAUGUUGGUGAUGUCUAGUGAAGGUCCUUUGGGUGCUUAUGUGAACCCCGGUGGUAGUGUGCAUGAGAUAAUGACUCUCUACAAAGCAAAUAGCUUAGCACUCCGGGAUCGAGCAUGUACAGAAUACAGCUGGUUUCCUGGAUAUGCAUGGACAAUAGCUAGCUGCGGAGCUUGUGAAACUCACAUGGGCUGGCUUUUUACUGCCACGAAGAAGUCACUGAAGCCUAAAUCAUUUUGGGGGAUACGCAGUUCCCAAGUUGCUGACGGCACACUUAAAGAUUAGAAGUUGUAACGGUUUAAAAUCCGCUGCAGUCACUAUGUAAUGUGCCUGAAUUGUAAAUAUACUACAUAUCUAAUCCAUAAAUAGUUUGGAAUUAUCAUUAGGAUACUAAAAUCUACUUUCUAUGGAAGUAAGCUUUGAUAAAGGAAAGAGAGGAAAAAAUUCUUCCUGCAAUCCUUACAUGAGAACGUUUCUGACAUUUACUAGAUUCUAAAGUUGCAAAAUUGUAAUUUUCUAUGUAAGUAUGAUGCUAGAUCAUGUCAUUUUAAUAAUUUUCAUUCGUGGUUGUGGAUUGAAUGUA